GUUUGGAACGGGGGCGGCGUCCCCUGAAUCCCAUGAAGGCCCGCGCAGCGCUGUCGCCCAGAAACCGUUACGCUCGGCGACGUACAUUAUGUGGUGAUGGUUUUCUGGUGUGGGAUACAGUCCCGUCCCCGAACGCCAGUACGUCAGCCAAUGUUGCAGAUCGACCGCAUUCGCCAGUUACGGGUUGACGCUGCCUGUGCUAUAAGAGCAUUACAUGCUCUGGAUGUAUUGAUAUCCUCAUUCUUCCAUUCAUCUUACUCACACUUUUCGGAGCUGGUCUCUUUGAAUUUCUGUUCUUCAUUUGUAUCUUCAGCCUGCGUCUUGUCACUGUUCCACAACGUCUUUCACAAACCACUACCCAAGCAAGCACCAUGUUCAUCAAGACUUCUACAGCCAUCGCCAUUGUGGGCUUGGCAUCCAAGACCCUCACCGCCGCUGUCCCCCCUCCGGAGAUGGUUGCGCCCUCCAAGCCCAUCUACACCCUUCCCGUGGAGCAACCUCUGCCCGUUGUGCAGAGAGACGUGCCUCAACCAGUCAACCCCGACGAACCAGUCUUCACGCUGCCUGUGGAAGAAGACCCCCCGCUGGUGCAGCGUGACGCUCAGCAAGUCUGCAUCGACCACCCGGACCUGUGCAUCACCAAGCUCAAGCGCAGCCCGCAGCAGUUCUGCAUUGACUUUCCGGACCAGUGCAUCACGAAGCGCGUUCCUCAGAAGUUCUGCGACAACUUCCCUGAUCUUUGCAUCACUUGAGUAGCUUCGAAACGAAGUGUUGAUCUUCCGAGUUAAGGGGCGGGGCUUUGAGCAGCUUGCAUUUGUUCGAUAGCGGCUGUACAUCAUCAAGCGAAUUCAA